AUGUCCGAAAGCAACCUAAAAGAAACCUUUUACCGUAAAUUUCAAGACGAUGUCGCAUCCCUUGGAUCCCAGAUUUCUUCCCUUCCGGACACACCAGCUGCAAGCCGUGAGCGCAACGAAGCCAUAGAGCAGUGUCUGGCGGGUAUAGAUCGCCUGUCACACGAUGUCAUGGACGCGUCGAGUUACUUGCCCGCAUAUGACCAGCGGACAUACAGUGAGGCCAUAAAAUCUCUCUCUGAAAAACUCCAAACCAUCAGGAACGCCUUCGACCCUCCCAAGAAAUUCAGCUUCAAAAACAAAAGGAAAGAAGCCGCAGCCGCAUCUAGCGCUCCAGCACCCGCAAGAGAACCAACAAGUACUUCCAUCCCACCACCAUCACUCCAACAAGACGAUACUCCAUCCCAUCUCACCCACAAAUCCUCAACCCGCAUAACCCUCGCCUCAGUCCCCUCCGCCACAAACUCGCCUACAGUAUCCCACCUGACCAACUGCAUCGUCAAUCUCACCACCAGCACAAAACCACUCGCAACCCUCUACCUCCGCAGUAUCAAAAACAGCCUCAUACUCUGCGGCCACGUCGCAGGUCCCAUCCAUAUCACACACGUGACCAAUAGCGUAAUCGUGACAUCGUGUCGCCAGUUCCGCAUGCACGACAGCAAGAACGUAGAUAUCUAUCUGCACAGUGCCAGUCGCCCGAUUUUCGAAGACUGCGAGGCAUUGAGGUUUGCGCCGUUGCCGGGGUGUUAUGUGACGCCUCAAAUAUCGGAAUCGCCUAAUCUGUGGGACCAGAUUGAUGACUUCAAGUGGCUCAAGGCUGAGCCGAGUCCUCACUUUAGCACCAUCCCAGAGGAUAAACGCAUCCCCGAUCACGUAUGGUCCGACAUAGUGCCAGAGGAAAAGGCUGUCUCCUUGCAAGAUGUCCUAACUGCUGUCAACAUCCAGUCAUGA